ACAAAGGACCUAAGACUGAGCCCUGUGGCACACCACAUUUUACCUGUGUCACUUUUGGCAUCUCUUCAUUUACAAAAAAAUAACAUGGUAGUUAUCUGACAGGUAAUAUUUUAAGCAGGCAACCACCUGUCCACAAAUGCCAAUAUGAUUCUUAAGUAUGCUCAGAAAUGUCUUGAUCUAUAGGGUCAAACAGUGUUAAAUAAUACUAGAAGAUACUAUCCUAGUCAAGUGCUAAAAAAGUGUUUGGUUUGAGGAGUAUGCGCACAACUGGAGUAGUAAUAGCAAUACUCUUUUUUUAUUCUAAAUGGCAUAGAUUUCUUAUGAGUUUACAAUUAAAACUUGAGGCUUUCUCACAUUAUUUCUCACAGUCAACUGAGAAUUAUGUUCGCUCAUGUCCAGACAGAACAGGUGUAGAAGUAUUUUGGGGGCGAUUUGGUAUGUUUUGCGUGUAUGUUUUUUGUACGGUAGGUGGCGUUAUGAGUCUGUGUCGUCCCGCGUCACGUUACCUGCCAGACGGAAGAAUCAGCCAUUUCGAGCUAGUUGUGCGCUCCCUUGUAUUUGUAACAUUAAGGGAACGUAAACCAUUUUCCACGUCGUUCAAAUCUUAAAGAAUACUAGAAUUUAAUCUUAGUAAAUUCAAAAUGGUCUCAGUCAUUAUUUAGCCGUUUUUUUAGUAAUGAUCGCUAUCAAUCUGGCUGGGUGCGGCUGAGAAACGACAACACGACAGAUUUAUAUGGAUAUUUCUAGCUACGAUCUUCAUCUUUUUUAAGCUCCAGAAAUUUCACAACUCUACAAUCAGUAUGGGCAUCGCGAAUUUGAUGUUGCUUGUCUUAUUAUUCGUGAACGGUGUGUUUGGUGUUGAGACAGAUCCAGUGGAGAUACGUGAAUUGAUGGAAGGAGAUCCUGUCGUUCUAGACACCAAGUGUAUUACCAAACUACAGAAAGAUGAUAAGAUAGUGUGGAAGUUUGGAUCUGAUGUCAUAGCUACAAUCAAGGCCAAUAAUCCCUUAUUAUAUGACACUGAUGAUGCAAGAUUCAAAGACAAACUACAAAUAAACGAUCAAACUGGCGACCUCACCAUCAGAAACACCAGAACCACACACUCUGGGUUUUAUGAAGUGAACAUCACCAAUAUCACUCACACAACAUACAGGAGAUUUAGUGUUACUGUCCUUGAUGCGAUUCCUACAAAAGUUUCAGUAACGGCGGGAGAGUCUGCCAUUUUACAGCAUAAUAUUGCUGAUAUACACAUUUAUGAUGUGAUAGAAUGGAAGUUCGAAGACGGAGAGACUCCCAUAGCUCAAAUCAACAAACAAAACAGUAAAAACCCCUCAUAUAAUGAAACUGAUGAGAGAUUCAGAGACAGACUGCAGCUGGAUCAGACCGGAUCUCUGACCAUCACAAACACCAGAACCACAGACUCUGGACUUUAUAAGCUACAGGUGCAAGGUACAAACAUACCGACCAAACACAGGAAGUUUCGUCUUACGGUCGAUGAAUCUGGGUUGUCCAUAGGCAUUAUAGUGCUGAUAUGCGUGUGUGUUAUUGCACUGAUCUUGGUGGUGGUUGGGAUUUGCUGUCGGAAACGAAGUCGACAAGGCCAGUAUUAACUUUGCAUGCAUGGCCAGUAUUAACCAAAGUGAAGAUAAAGGAAAUGGGGUACAGGAUCCAUUGAAAGGACAGCAAUAGUUCAGUGCUUCUGUAACAUAAGCUGUGGAUGAAAUCAACCUGUGUGCUGCCCAGUUGUGAUAGAGAAUGGAGAAUAUGCUUACAUAUGUUGUACAUUCGUUGGAACAGUUUGCACUACAUGCUGAUCAAUGAUCCUAUUACUUUAUGGUAAACUUCUUUUUUUGCGUAUAAUUAUAAGAUAUUGUACCUGUUAUUGAUACAUAUAUAUAAUCAUGGUGGCUGCAUGGUGGGACCGCUGACUGCAGCUUUAAAAGUUUUAGGUGCAAAUUCUUUAGAUCACCUGACAUCUGCAGGUGUCAUUUAAAAAAAAAUAAUACAAUUUUCCUUAGUGAUUGAUUCAUGCUUUAAAGGAGAUUGUGUGAUAGAUGUUUUCUUCAUGUGCAAACAACUUAAGGGAUGAGCCUGUUUUGUGGUUAAAAUCUGCAAAUGCAUUUUUCUCCAUAGUGUUAUGGAAACUUUGUGCCUCUUUUUUUUUUUUUAUGUUUUUAAGAUCUACAUUUUACUGUUACUCUGAUACUGUGUUUACAUGGGGACAGAUUAUGAUAAACUGUUGUUCACUUUCCUCUUGUGAACGGUGAUUUGGGUGUUGAAUGCCUCCUGUUAUGUAGGCCCACAUAUUUCUUUUUUUAAUGAUUAUUAUUGUGAAAUUCAAGCUUUUUUUUAAAUCAUUGCGAUUCAUAAGUAAUAUGAAUUCCAAAGUUAUUGCACUUAUUGUAAUAAUUAAUUGAAUUACCUUUUUAUGUUGUUAGGCUGCUAGGUUGUAAUUGAAAAUCUUGAUGCCUUUUUGUAUAUUGGGAAAUAUCUGGAAUAAUAAAGAAGGAACAUGUAUGCGG